AUGGAAUGUUUCUCCUGUUUCCUGGGGUUGCUGCUGCUGCUGGCUGCAAGAUUGCCUCUUGAUGCUGCCAAACGAUUUCAUGAUGUGCUGAGCAAUGAAAGAACUUCUGGUUAUAUGAGGGAGUACAACCAACUCAAUGGUUGGUCUUCAGAUGAAAAUGAGUGGAAUGAAAAACUGUAUCCAGUGUGGAAAAGGGGAGACUCAAGGUGGAAAAACUCCUGGAAAGGAGGCCACGUGCAGGCGAUUCUGACCAGUGAUUCACCAGCACUUGUGGGCUCUACUAUAACGUUUGUGGUAAACCUGGUAUUCCCCAGAUGCCAAACGGAAGAUGUUAGUGGCAACAUUGUUUAUGAGAAGAACUGCAGAAAUGAUACUGGUCCAUCUUCUGACCAGUAUGUUUACAACUGGACGGAGGAGGUUGACUCGGGAAAUGGCAACAGCCCAGGCCAUCAGAACGUGUUCCCUGACGGAAAGCCUUUCCCUCACCACCCCGGAUGGAAGAGAUGGAAUUUUGUCUACGUCUUUCACACACUUGGUCAGUAUUUCCAGAAAUUAGGACGGGGUUCAGCAAGAAUUUCUGUAAACACAGCCAAUGUGCCACUUGGCCCUCAACUUAUGGAAGUAACUGUUUAUAGAAGACACCGACGGGCAUAUGUUCCUAUUGCAAAAGUGAAAGAUGUGUACGUGGUAACAGAUCACAUUCCUGUGUUUGUGACUAUGUACCAGAAGAAUGAUCGAAAUUUAUCUGAUGAAACCUUCCUCAGGGACCUCCCCAUUAUGUUCACUGUCCUGAUUCAUGACCCCAGUCACUUCCUCAAUGAGUCGGCCAUUUACUACAAGUGGAACUUCGGGGAUAAUACUGGUCUGUUUGUUUCCAACAAUCCAACUUUGAAUCAUACAUAUGUGCUCAAUGGAACCUUUAACCUUAACCUCACUGUGCAAGCUGUGGUGCCUGGACCCUGUCCUUCACCUUCACCCAAACCUCCAAAACCCACCUCUUUUCUACCAUCAGCUAGUGACAACCCUCUGGAACUGAGGGAGAGUCCAGAUGAAAUGUGCCAGAUUUACAGAUACGGUUACUUUAAAGCCACCAUCACAAUUGUAGAGGGAAUUCUAGAGGUUAACAUCGUCCGGAUGACAGAUGUUCUGAUGCCCGUGCCACAGCCUGACAACUCCCUGAUGGAUUUUGUCGUGACCUGCCAAGGAACAAUCCCCACAGAGGUCUGUACCAUAGUUUCUGACCCGACCUGCCAGCUCGCCCACAGCACAGUGUGCGACCCUGUGGAUGUGGACGUGGCUGGUAUGUGCUUGCUGACCGUGAGAAGAGCCUUCACCGGGUCUGGGACAUAUUGUGUGAACCUCACCCUGGGUGAUGAUACCAGUUUGGCCCUUACAAGCACCCUCGUCUCUGUCCCUGCAAGAGACCCACCUUCCCCUUUAAGAAUGGCAAAUGGUGCCCUCGUCUCCGUUGGCUGCUUGGCCAUAUUCGUCACUGCGAUCACCCUUUUGGUGUACAAAAAACGCAAGGGAUACAAACUGAUAGAAAACAGUACUGGGAUCGUAGUCAAAGGCAAUGGCCUCGGUGUUUCCCUCAACCGUGCAAAGGCCAUGUUCCGCCCUGGAAACCAGGAAAAAGAUCCACUGCUCAAUCACCAACCGGGAAUUCUUUAA